AUGGAAGGGAAGCCAGGUAGGAAGAGCACAGUGUUUCCCAGGUGGGUCCCUCCCCUGAUCACACAGGGUCCUUCCUCUCUCCUGGCAGCUGCUCAGGAUGGGAGCCCUCUGGCCUCCAGUUCUGCCCCUCCAGAGGCUGUCUCUGAGCAGAGAACCAGGAGGAUGAGAGGCCAGAAGAGGAAGAGACUGAUGGAUGUCAAGGGAGCCGCCCAGGAGAGCAGCCCCCUGGCCUCCAGUCCCACCUCCCCAGAAGCUGUCUCGGAGCUGAAGUCCUGGAAGAAGAGCAGUCAGAGGAGGAACAUGUGGACUGUCAGUCAUGUCGAGGGAACGAAACUCAGGAUGAGCAAGAGAAGAUCCAGUUAUCGUCCAGAAGACCAAGAGGCCUUCUACCGGCUUCUGGAGGACCCUGUUAUCCAGAGCUUCUUGGAAGCUGAUAUCUUCCUGAAAGUGUCUGACAAGUACCUGCUCUCCAUGGUGGUGGAGUACUUCGGCCGUGUCGGGCUGCCUGGUCACCUCUACAACAGGAUCCACUUCUUCCUGGCCCUCUACAUCGCCUCUGACAUGGAGGAGGACAACCCCACGGCCAAGCAGAGCAUCUUCCAGUUCCUGCUGGGCAGGGAGCACUGGCCUGACCUCUACAAGCAGUUCCUCAGGUUGAAGGUGGAAUUCUUCCAUGCGAUGGAGCACCGAGCCUGGGUCCCCCUGGAUUUGUGUGAGGAGAUCCAGGCCCAGAACCCACAUCACUGGGUCUGGAGUCGGGCACGCCAGUGCGCCCCCUAG